AUGAAGAGUCACAUCUCGUCCCUGGACGGACUGCGCGGUAUUGCUUGCUUGCUCGUGUUCAAUUUUCACUGGGCGUACGACAAUGGCUAUGGCUACCGCACAUACGGGAUGGCAUCGACGGUCAACCUAUGGUGGGAAUUGCCGUGGGUAACGUGGACGUAUGCUGGGAAGUCGAUGGUCUACGUCUUCUUUGUCAUUUCAGGUUAUGUCCUUUCGUACAAGCCUUUGACUCAGAUACACCAGAAUCGCGGCACCGUGGCCACGGCAUGUUACUCGACACUCGCCUCGUCGGCAUUCCGACGUGGCAUUCGACUGUUUCUUCCUACCAUGGUCGACACCGUCAUCACUGCACUCCUGUUAAGAACUCCGAUAGUCUUGCCGUCGAUAUACACGUUUCUGAGCACCAAGAACAACAGGUCUUACCUGGACAUCUGGAUGGGGCCGAAAAGACCGGAAGAUUCGUUCUGGCAGGAAAUUCGUACUGCCUUGCUUACGUGCUGGGGAUAUGUGGAUAGCUCGAUUGUACCAUGGAACGAGCGAGAGAUUGACGUCCGAAAAUACGACGACGUCCACUGGACCAUUCCGGUCGAAUUCAAGUGCAGCAUGUUGUUGUUCACCCUCCUGCUCAGCACCACACAUAUACGCACCGGAUACCGGCUGGCUAUCCACUGCCUGGCAUGCCUAUACACCUUCACGAACAACCGUCCUGCGCUGUUCUGCUUCUUUGCUGGCAUGGUGCUCGCAGAGAUUGACAUUGUCGGGAAAGCGUCGGACACGGAGGUUUCGCCAUCGACCAGCCACCUCCUUGGACCGAUGGACCUGGAGUCUGCGGGUGGCGAGGACGUCGAUCUUGAGAAGGAAUACAUGCGAUGGACUUCCAGUCUCCCGGUUCCACGCUCGAAAGCGGCCACGACGACUGCCUGGCUGACGACCUUCAUUUUCGGGAUCUACCUCAAUAUUGCGUCGAUGAAGCCUGACGCCGAACCCUCAGCAGGCUACUCGGUUGUCGUCAGCAGGAUCGUGGCCUCUUUAUGCGGCAACAGCGAUCCAGUCGAGGCCACCAGGUGCCUCGGAGCCAUCCUUGUCACCUGGACAGUCGCAAACACCACCGACACCGUUAUCGGCUCGGUCUUCGCCAGCCCCCUGGCCCAGUGGCUUGGCAGGAUCUCUUUCGGAAUCUACCUGACGCACUUAGACGUGAUUCGAAUCCUGGGGCUGAGUUUGAUGCCGUUUCUUUACCGGGUUUGCGCGGGGGUGGACAGGUUACCACAGCCAGAGAUGUGGGAAGAAGGCGGCGGAUUGUCGAACUGGCAGAUCUUCAAGAUUGUGAUCCUGGGAUGGCUGGUCUGUUUACCUUUUGUUCUGAUAUGUGGCCAUCUGUUCUGGUGCCAUGUUGACCAGAGAGUGGUUAACUUUUCUCGCUACGUCGAGGCGAAGUUGAGAAUGCCCAAAGCAACUCGGGCAGGCUGA